AAAAGGAUAACCGACGUUAUCUGUGGACCCACUGCCUAACCAUAUAGGGAAUAGCUCAAUGUGAUCCAUACUCACCAUUCCAUUAACAUGGACAUCGGAUCCAACGACAUCCCUUGUAUCCUCCCUCCACUGCCAUUAAACAAAGGAUUGGCCAGAAGCUACCAUGCAUGGGGUACUCCAAUUCAAGAGCACCAACGGAGAGGGGUCUUUCCGUCCUUACCGACGAAGGAAUGCCAAGAGGACUAAAUCCGGGUGCCUAAGCUGUCGGGUUCGGCACACCAAAUGCGAUGAGACUAAACCAAUCUGCGGCGGCUGUGUGCGCAAUCAUUUGCUCUGUACCUGGCCCAACUCGGGAAAGACGAUCAUUACUUCGGCGUCCGCGGGAUCCGGCCGCCCCGAGCAGUCUCAGAAUGCAACAUCACUGCGUCGUCUCUCCCCGAACCGUGCACUAUCGCUUUGGCCUCGGCUCAAUGGGCGGUCGGGCGAACAAAGGCUACUUCAGCAUUACAUCGAGAGGUCAGCACAGAGGCUAGUAAUAAGAGAUGUCAUCAAAAACCCCUUUCUUACCUAUAUGCUGCCUUUGGCGCAGCAAAAUGACGGGUUCCUUCAUGCCGUCUUUGCCAUAAGUGCUUCUCACCUGUCUUAUGAUGAUCAACAAUCACACAUUGUCGCGCUUUCCCAUUAUGGGGUUGCGCUACGGGCAGUCAAAUAUCUUAUCACAGAGUAUGGAAGUGGGUACAAUCGUAACCCCAUGGUGAUAGUAAUGUUGCUACUAGCGUUGUGUACUUUUGAGAUAAUAGACGGAGACACAAAGGGCACCGUGAUGCAACAUUUACUACCAUGUUGUGCCCUGUUGGCGUCACAGGAUAACCUCUUAGACACAGUCGAUGAAGAUUGCGCAUGUUUCAUCGCAGAGCAGUAUAUGUUUCUCAGUAAUGUCAAUAGUCAUAUCGGUCUUGGCCCCAUAAAAGCCAGCAGCUCGAGACCCACCGAGAGCCAAAGUUUAGAUCUUUCACCACUUUCAUACCGAGCUUAUUAUCGCGGCCGAUGUUCCGGGUGCGCGUACGAACUAUUUGAAAUGAUCCCACCAAUUGCUGCUUUCGCCGAGAAACCAACCAUGUCUUCUCCCCGACACCGUGAUCCAGAUAUCAUUGGGGAGUUCCACUCCCUCGAACAGCAAGUCCUACUAUGGGCAGUACCAGCACCAUGGGAUGGGCAAAGUCUCCCCAAUGGGCCUGACGCAGACGAGAUAGCUGCUGCGAUCUUUCAGCAGAUGGCCUUACUUAUAACGCUGCGGUGUGCACUAAAUGGUCCAGGGGUGCCGUCACCACCCAUUCGAGAUCAGAUCUGGUGUUGUGUAUCUGAGGCCAGGCGACUAUUAAAAACCAUAUCGCCGUCGAGUUAUGCAUGGGGAACACUUCUUUGGUCACUGUUUCACAUUGGAUCGUGUAUUACCGUCCAGGAAGAGCAGAGUGACUAUAUUGCUACUUUUAUGACCAUGGAAAACAAGCUUCCUGUCUGUACUAGUCUAAUAUCUAUCCUGUCCAAAUUAUGGGAUGCCAUACGUCAGGAUGGGAGGUAUUAUGGCCCUUAUGGAAUUAGGAAAUUCCUCGCGCGGGAGGGAAUCAAGCCGAGCCUGGGAUAAUGCUCGGCAUGUCGACAGUGUCAUCGCCCGCUUAUUAGCAUGCUCAUGGCGAGCAUUUUCCAAACAGAACAGCUUUCCAUGUAGCUGCUACAGGCUCCCACACGGGAACCGUUGAUCUUCUGCUAAAAAAAAAAAUUAAAAUAAAGACUGA